AUGUCAUUUUUGAAGGGAUUGGUUGGACCUAGAAUGCUUUCAUCUGUGCAAGCAACUCAAGCUCCCGCUAAUCCCUCUGUUGCUAUCACUACUCCCAAUAUGGGUGGAAACGUAGGUACUCAUGCUUUAUUCCGUCUUUUGUUGGGUUCAUUUAUGACUGGUAAUGAGUAUGACAUGCUGACUAAGUUUUUGAAGCUUAAGCCUCAUGUGUUUCUUGGUUCUGAGAAUGAAGAUGCUUAUGACUUUAUCUUAGAUUGCUAUAAGAUGCUUCAUAAGUUGGGAAUUGUCCAUCAGCAUGGGUUGAAAAAGUAUGUGCCUAGGACUUUGAGAGACUGUAAGAAGGAUGAAUUUAUGGCUUUGGAGCAAAGUGGUAUGUUUGUGGCUGCUUAUGAGCCCAAGCGGACAAAAUCAGACUUAGGCCCAAACCUUUCCUUUUUUCUUUAUUUCUUUUUUUUUUAUUGUUAUUGCAUUGACCUUGAAAAGGCAUAUGACAAGGUGCCAAAGAAUGUCCUCUGGAGGUGCUUGGAGGCUAAAGGUGUCCCGAUGAUUUAUAUUAGGGCGAUAAAGGACAUGUACGGUAGAGCCAAGACUCGGGUUAGAACGGUUGGAGGAGACUCGGAACAUUUCCCAGUUGAGAUGGGGUUGCACCAGGGAUCAGUCCUUAGCCCUUUUCUAUUUGCUUUGGUGAUGGAUGAGUUGACGCGGUCCGUUCAGGAGAAUGUCCCAUGGUGUAUGUUAUUUGCGGAUGACAUAGUACUGAUUGAUGAGACGCGGGACAGAGUUAAUGCGAGGUUGGAGGUGUGGAGACAAACGCUGGAGUCCAAAGGGUUCAGGUUGAGUAGGACCAAAACAGAAUAUUUGGGGUGCAAAUUCAGUGAUGCAUUGGAUGAGGCAGAUGUGGAUGUGAGACUUGCCACACAGAUCAUUCCUAAGAAAGAAAGUUUUAAGUAUCUUGGGUCUGUAAUCCAAGAAAGUGGUGACAUCGACGAUGAUGUCACACAUCGCAUUGGGGCUGCUUGGAUGAAAUGGAGGCUUGCCUCUGGAGUCUUGUGUGAUAAGAAAAUCCCGCCUAAACUUAAAGGUAAGUUCUACAGAGUGGUAGUUAGACCGUCCUUGUUGUAUGGAGCGGAGUGUUGGCCAGUCAAGAACUCACAUGUUCAGAAAAUGCAUGUUGCGGAGAUGAGGAUGUUGAGAUGGAUGUGUGGGCACACUAGGAGCGAUAAGAUUAGGAAUGAGGUUAUCCGGGAGAAGGUGGGAGUGGCCUCUGUGGUGGACAAGCUGAGGGAAGCGAGACUGAGAUGGUUUAGACAUGUGAAGAACUACACAUUACCAAGGACAUGA